GUGAUGGAGCGCUGGCGGGGCAGAGUGGCUCUGGUGACCGGAGCCUCGGUCGGCAUUGGGGCGGCUAUAGCCGUAGAGCUGGUCCGACUCGGUAUGAAAGUGGUGGGCUGCGCCAGAGAUGUCGGAAAAAUGCAGAAACUGGCAGCAGAGUCUAAGAGUGCCGGCCAUCCUGGUGUUUUGGUGCCAUUCAAGUGCGACUUGACCAAAGAGGAGGAGAUUCUGGCCAUGUUUGCAGUGAUCAAAAAGCAGCACAAAGGCGUGGACGUGUGCAUCAACAAUGCUGGUCUGGGACAGCCAGAGCCGUUGCUGAAUGGCAAAAGCAGCGGAUGGAAGAACAUGAUGGAUGUGAAUGUUCUUGCACUGAGCAUCUGUGCACGUGAAGCUUAUCAGUCAAUGAAAGAGAGAAAUGUGGAUGAUGGGCACAUCAUAAACAUAAACAGUGUGGGUGGACAUCAGGUCUAUCCCCUUCCAGAUUUACAUUUCUACAUGGCGACCAAGUUCGCUGUAACCGCGCUGACUGAGGGCCUGAGGCAGGAGCUGCGUGCAGAAAAAACUCAUAUCAGAGCCACGAGCAUCUCUCCUGGUUUGGUGGACACAGAAUUUGUAUCACGGCUCCACAGCAAUGAACCUGAAAAAGUAGCUGCUUUGUACAGUGAAUUUAGGUCUUUGGAACCAAAAGACAUUGCCAGUGCUGUGACAUACGUGCUCAGUGCCCCGCCUCAUGUUCAGGUUGGCGAUAUUAACUUUGAAGCUGUGUAG